ACCGGAUUCAUCUGUCGGAUCGUAUUUGGCGCGCCAGACUCUCGUCUCCUACAUAAUCACUCUCACUCUGAACCGAUGACAGUGGCCUCUUGUGCAAGAUGACCACUCCCCGAGUUCUGAUCAUUGCAGGCUCUGACAGCUCAGGUGGAGCAGGGCUAGAAGCAGACCAGAAGGUCCUUGCGGCUCAUGGCUGCUAUGGAAUGACCGCCACCACAGCCUUGACUGCUCAGAAUACGUUAGGUGUCGUGGACAUCCACAUCACGCCGCCGGCCUUCGUUGGCAAGCAGAUCGAUGCUUGUUUGAGCGACAUUGGAUGUGAUGCUGUCAAGAUCGGUAAGGGCCUGUCCCCAAACGCGCUGCGCCGCCGAGAUAUGCAGGACGAGUCGCUGAGACUUGAUGGGACAAGGCAUGCUCGCCUCGGCGGAAACCGUGAAGGUCGUGACCGAGGCCCUUCAACGCUACGAGGUUUCUACCAUUAUUGUUGAUCCUGUAUGAAUAUGAUGUGCUCCGACUUCCACCGACCAAGUCUUCUGGAAACUCAUGGUUCGCGCACAGGUCAUGGUCGCUACGAGCGGUGCGCAACUGCUUCCGGGUGAUGCUGUCAAGAACCUGCGCGAAAGACUGCUGCCGAUGUCGACGCUUGUCACGCCCAACAUCCCCGAAGCUGCGUUGCUGUUGCGCGACGCCGACAUACACUACAAGUCCCCCUCGGGCCUGGAUGACCUGAAGACGCUAGCCAAGCUGGUCCAUCAACUCGGUCCGCAAGCCGUGCUCGUCAAAGGAGGCCACAUGCCCUUGACCAAGAACUACGUCAAAGCCACCCGCGACGAAGACAAGGCCCUGACCGUCGACGUUCUGUACGACGGCAACGACUAUACCAUCGUCGAGUCGCAAUACCUGACGUCCAAAAACACCCACGGCACCGGCUGCUCGCUGGCCAGCGCCAUCGCCUCCAACAUGGCGCUCCAAAAGUCCCGAUCACAAGCCCCGUCCCUGGCCACAGCGACGCGUCUCGCCGUGCACUAUGUCACGACGGGGAUCAAAAUGGCCGACUCGCUGAUCGGCAACGGGUCGGGCCCCAUCAACCACUUCCACAACCUGCAGAUCCUGCCCUUCUCGCCGGGCCACUUCAUCGACACGUACCUGCUGACGCACCCGCUGGUGGCGCGCAGCUGGGAGGCGUUCACGCACCACCCGUUCGCCACGGCCAUGGCGCGGGGCACGCUGCCGGAGGGGCUGUUCAAGAACUACCUGGUGCAGGACUACCUGUACCUGACGCACUUUGCGCGCACGCACGCGCUGGCGGCGUACAAGUCGCAGACCAUGGCGGCCAUCACGGCCAGCGCCAACAUCAUCCUGCACAUCCGGCGCGAGAUGGAGCUGCACCUGUCGUACUGCGCCGAGUUCGGCAUCUCGCGCGCCCGCCUCGAGGAUCCCGCCGUCACCAAGGAGUCGCCCGCCUGCGUCGCCUACAGCCGCUACUGCCUCGACGUCGGCGCCAGCCAGGACUGGCUCGCCCUGCAGAUGUCCCUGGCCCCCUGCCUGAUCGGCUACGGCGUCACCGCCGCCCGCCUGUACCGCGAGCGCGAGAGCGUCACCGGCGACAAGGGCAAUCGCUACUGGAGGUGGGUCGAGAACUAUGUCGCCGAGGACUACCAGGAGGCCGUGAGGGUUGGUAGAGAACUCAUCGAGGCGAACAUCGUCAAGCAGUCGCCCUCGCGGAUAGAGGAGCUGAUCGCCAUCUUCGUCCGGUCCACCGAGAUGGAAGUCCGCUUUUGGGACUUUGAUGCACACCCUGAUCAGGAACAAUCACAGACGGCCGCUGAGUGAGGGAGUGGUCGCAAGACCCGGUUCUGCCUUCUGGUGGUGGUGGCACAAUGUGAUGGUACAGAUUAUAUAGAAUACAACCUUUUCCCCCUGCUCGUAUAAGAGGAGAGAGAUGUGUUGCAAAGAGGGCUAUAUCCCUAUUC